AGGCUUUCUUUGACGGCGCCACAGACACCGGGGAAGAACGCGUCACCACGCGGCAGCCACUGCGACUGGCUCCCGUUCCUCUCGCAGCUUUUGGAAGUCGACGCACAAAGGCAACAACGCGCUCGCCGUUCAACCUGCAAGGAACGCGCAAAAGCGUUUAACAUCUCGCGCCUCCGGGCACAGACUCAAAGCGCCGCACACCGCCCAGCACAGAAGAGUUCGAGAGUUCUAUCGAGAGAAGAUAGCAGAAAAGUGAAGGAUAGAAGGGAGGAAACGAAGAAAAGAGCGUUCUACUUCAGAAAGGAAAGUUCAUAAAAAACUGGGUCGCCCGCGUCUCCGCGCCGUCACACGCGUCCCUCGGCGCUUGACACACUCGAGCUUUUUUACACACAAAAGCUCGCCUCAAGUUUUUCGCCAAAAACUCCACUUCGUUUCAGCCGCUUUUCGCGUUUUCUCGUGAGCGACAAGGAACUCUUUCACGGCUCUCCCGCCGUUCCUUGAUUGCGGGUCACCUCAGUUGGCUCGUUCCCCUUCCGUUCUCUUGUCUUUGCUCGCUCUUCUUUUUGUGUACACGUGUGUGCUCUUCUUGAUCUCCGUCUCGCUCUCUUUCCUGCUCUCUUUCUCCCGCCCCCUUCCCUUCUCUCUCCUUGUUCGCUGUUUCCUCGAUUUCCUCACUCGGGCCUUGUUCGCAUUCCUCCGAGACUCCGGCAGUGGCUAUGCCUGUCUCUCUCCUCGAGGACUGUCUCCAGUUUCCUCUCGCCGUCUUCCGUGAAGUAGAACGCGCAACAUCCGCCGGUCUUGUUCUCUCUCUUUCUGCGUCUGCCAAGGAAGAGACUCAGCAGCGAGUCGCUUCGUCGCCCUCGUGCAAUCCACGGCGCAUGUGGGGUGCCGAUGCAGAAGCGCGUGAUACACAGUCCCUCCUGGCUCCUCCCUGCUGCGCUCCCCUUCGGCUGGCCUCUCGGUCUGUGGAGCCCAAGCAGCCGCUCGGCUCUGUCUCUGCGACAGGCAGUUCCCGGCAGAGAAAGGCGUUGCCGACACCCUUCUCUGAGCGUCUGUUCCAACGACUCACGCCGCGACAGCCUUCUUCUCGCUUCUCCCUCAUCGUAUUGCUCGUCAUCCCUCUCUCCUUACUUGCCUUUUGCUUCUUCUCCCUGCCCUGCUGAGUGUCGGUGGUCCUCCGCGCAUCCUCCUCCUCGAUCUCUGUCGACCAUGGCGCAGACGCCAUGCAACCUGACUUAUUUGACUCAGUCGCAGGCUCAAGCCCUCGACGAAGAUCUCAUGGGAUCUGAGGUUGGAUACUCCGUUGACCAGCUGAUGGAGUUGGCGGGUCUCAGCGUCGCCCAGGCAGUGGCUGAAGCGAUUCCGCUGUCGCCUGCAGUCACUCGCCUCUUGCGCGUUCUCGUAGUCGCGGGUCCAGGCAAUAACGGCGGCGACGGCCUCGUUGCCGCGAGACAUUUGAAGCUCUUCGGCUACCAGGUCCACGUGUGGUGUCCGCGCCCACCCGCCAAGGCACUGUUUGAGAACUUGAUGAAGCAGCUGAGAAACCACCGGGUGCCAGUGACUGUGGAGGCACCUCCAGAUUUGCGAGAUUUCCACUUGAUUGUUGACAGCAUCUUUGGAUUCAGUUUCAAGGGGUUUGUGCGCCCACCCUUCGACGCGGUUCUGCAUGCGUUGAAAACUUCAAACAUUCCGGUUCUCUCCGUUGAUAUUCCCUCAGGCUGGGAUGUAGAAAAGGGCAAUGUGACAGGCGAGGGGUUGGAACCGCAGUACUUGAUUUCUCUAACGGCACCGAAGCUUUGCGCGAAACACUUCAAGAAAGUGCACUUUGUUGGCGGUCGAUUUGUCCCCGAGUCUAUGGUGGAGAAGUACCAGCUUGUUCUGCCGGAAUAUCCAGGCAUUCGGCCGUUUCGUUGCGGAUCAACCAAUCAGGAACAUGUCCAAACCACCCGUCGGGAAUCCGUCUACCGGGAAUGCAGAGUGUACAGCGAAAUGCACACCUCUCGCUGUCGAGAACUUGCGUGCGUACUUUCCGUCUUUCGGCAUAUGCUUUUCCGAGAAACGUAUGUAUGAAUGUGCUUGCGUGCUUACCUUCGGGGCUGUUGACGUUUAAGCUAAAAGCCGACAUGGACGGGUUUCAAUCGAGUGUAUCAAAUUCCGGCGCUUGAGUCAGACCUUGGAGUGUUCCAGUUUGCAUGCUGUGUACUCAGCAGACAAGUCAGACUACCUGUGUGUGUCAGUAUACAAUUAGGUGAACCCAGACGGAAAAAGAGAGACAAAUUUCUCUAGCUUAGUGCAAACUUACAGAUCAAGC